AUGCCAGAGUAUUACCAGUCUGAAAGUCCCCUCUUUGAGCAGGUGUUUGAAUUCUUGUGUGGCCCUAAGCCUUAUGGUUUAACUGACUUUGUGACACUCUGUGCCUCUUGCUUUGCAGGUGUGGGUAUGGCCAUGAGAAAAAUGGGAAGCAUGGCCAAACCAGAUGUUUACAUUAUUAAGGAUGGGGACACAAUCACUGUAAAAACAGAAAGCACCUUCAAAACUUCACAGUUCAGCUUCAAGCUUGGUGAGAAAUUUGAGGAAAACACAUUAGAUGGCAGGAAAACUCAGACUCUUGUCAGCUUAAAAGAUGAUGGGUCAUUGGUUCAGGAGCAGGAAUGGGAUGGCAAGAAGACCAUAAUAACACGGAAACUAGUGGAUGGACAGUUGGUGGUGGAAUGUGACAUGAAUGGCGUCAAGUGUGUUAGAGUCUACCAGAAAGCAUGAGGAAUCUUCAUGUUCAGUAGGAACUUGCUACAAACUCAGUUCAGUGGACAGAGCUCCUUUACACUCCAUAUUUUCCUUUUCCCUGUUUUCUAGUAUUUCAAUGGACUGAGUAGCUGAGUGCAAUCCUUUUUAAAAGCAGUGAUGUAACUAUUAUGUAACUAUUCUGAAUUUAUGAGGCUAUUAAAUAAAAUUGUCAAAUAUAUGAAGUGGAAAUGUUGUUACUAUAGUGGAAUUUUAAAGUGAGCAAAAACCCAGUUCGGUUUUAGGCUUUACUACAAUCUGCCUUCAGUUCAAGAUACUGCAAUAUAUGGCAAGGAAUGGUUAAUAGCAAGCUGAGUUUUGACCAGCAUCCUCAAUUACUAAGGUAGUAAGAUAUGAAAUGGAAAACACAUUCAGAGUUCAGGCUCUAGAGUUGUUUCUAACUUUCAUGUUGUUUGUACCCACUCAAUUCUAUUUACUUUAUAAGAGAAGUGUAGCUGGUGAUUCAGUAGAGGAAUGUAUUUUCAGGGGUUAUUUUGGUUUUUCAUGUUUCAAACCCAUAAAUUUCUUAUCUGAAAAAAAUAUAUGAUGGUGAGCCAAUGGACAUGAUAAACUUAAGCAGUGGUGUACAUGCUUUACAGAAAGGAAACUUUAUUUUGAGAAGACUCUUUGUUUUCCUAGCAAAAAAACCUUAUUUUCUGUCUAGUAACAUGCCAAAAAUUCUUAACCAAAAUCUACUGAAAUACUGCCUAAAACUUAAAGCCUCCUUUUAUUUAUUUUUUUUUUAAAACUGGCUUGAAACACCUAGCAAUGGAGUUUAUAUGCUUUAAAGUGCCACAAUAAAUAAU